GGUCGUGUGCGCGGCAUGCGUAUUAGUGCGCGGAGCACAGCGGCGCCUACUAAUAUACGCGAUACGGCGGCGAAGCGAGCAGAGAGCCGAGAGUCAAGAAGCGUGCCGAGUGCACACACCGCGGGCGAGCGAGUAGGCAGGCGCGCGCGAACGUUUAACGGGAUAAUAAAUAUGUCAGACGACAAUUCGCCUGUGGUGGAAGAGCAGAAGAAGAAAAGGGGUAGGCCCGCUAAAGCAGAUAAAAACGCCGUUAAGGAAGGACCAAAAAAGAGGGGUAGGCCUGCCGCGGAAAAGAAUAAUGCGGUACGCCCGUCAAAAUCUGACAACGAGGACGAAGCGCCACCCGGACCCGUCAAAAAGGGAAGGGGUCGACCUAAAGGUUCUCAUAAGAAGAAGCAAGGACCACCAAAAGGCACAACUACUUCGCCACGCGGUCGCGGCAGACCGAAAAAGACAGAAGAGAAACCCGAGAUCACCGGCGAGGAUGAAGACGAACAAGAAGAGGAAGAGGAGGAAGAGGAGAACUGAAGCGUCCGAGGAUGCAUUAGAGGAGGACGGAACUAACACAUCUGACUUAUCCUUCGAAGGUCUUUAAAAAAAAUGCAGAUUUAAUCAAAGUUCGGUUCUUUCAAGGUUUUUUUUUUCUCCAAUUGUAACUCGGGCAUUUUCGAGCGAGUGAUUUGACGAAGUGGUGAACAUUGCUCUCACCGAUUAUUGGAGUUUCCCCUGAAAUUCUGGUUCGCGGUGUACAUUGCCACGCGUUGACAAAUUCAAAGAGGAACGUUGGAUACGAAAGUUGUGUUACGGAUUUACUAAGUUCUUUAUAUUUACUUGACAAUGCUAAUAUUAAUGAUUAAUGAAUACGUACUUUUUAAGUGCUAAGACUAUGUAUGUGUAACUGUCUCCGCAGUAAGAAGACUGGAUUUUAAGAUGCAGAUCUCAAAACUUUUUUUUAAUUUACACGAAGUGAAAAGUUUGAUAAAAAAAGUUUUUAAAAAACAAACACUCACAUAUGGUAUAGAGAGUAUUGUGUCACAUAUUUGCUACCUCCUUUUCUCCUACAUAUGUGUAUUACAAUUCAUAAAGCCAAAAAGAACUUCACACUGAUCUAAUAUCGUAAGAGAAUAGAAAAAAAAGUUAAACGGAAAAAAGAUACUUCUUGUAUGUAACAUAUGCAGGGAAUAUUCUUUUCUAAUUAAUUAAUAACACUAAUGAGUGUAUAUUACUGUCGUUUUUGAGGCAAGCAUAUGUGUGAAUGUCAAAUUUGUAUUAAAGUAAAUAAACUCAAAGUACUCUUA